AUGCUUAGUUCGGCAGUUCUUGGACAGCUCAUUUGGAGCACUUUUCUCAUCGGAAUGGUGAUUUCUGGGGACCAACAAUGGCCAAAUGAAAAAGUUGAUUGCGCAACACGGGAGAUCAGAUGCCGCCUGUUGGAGUGGGACAAUGUGCAGCCUCAGAAAACCGAGAAGCAUUUGCUCGUAGCUGGUCCGCUUAACGUCUCCGUGAUUCAGAUUUCGCAAAAUGUGAUGGACUGUAUGAUCUUAGCAGCCACCCGGUUGAACGUGAUCGAUUUCGAUGCCCCAUUCUACCGGCGAUCAAACCGGAUGGCAGUGCUUCAAAUUGAGGACUGUCUGCCGCUAGGAAUCUUCAACGUUGUAUCAGAUCAACUUAUUCCGAAAAUCACUUCUCUGGAACCAGAUGAUGCAGCUAUCGAAUGGCCUCCGCACUUCAAAUCCAUGGAACAACUGUCGUUUCAAAACAUCCUAGCGCUAAACGUGAGCAUGAGUGAGCUCAACGAAUACGACAAACUGAUUCGAUUUCAUGCCAUUAACGUGGGUUUGCAUCUCAAUGAUUCAAAAACUCCAGUAACCUUAAGAUCGUUACGAAUCAUUGAACUUCAGAGCUGUGCUCUUCGGAAGAUCGAUUUCAGUCACUGGAGUCUUCCGGAGCUACGAGAACUAACGUUCGAUCAAAAUUUGUUCACUGAGUUGCCUCUGAUAAAACAUUUUAAACGCCUGGAAAUGCUUAAAAUUACAAACGCUUUGAUCCAAUCGGUGAAUAUGGAUUCAUUCGAAGGACUCAGUCACCUUAAAACAAUUGACCUCACCGGAAAUCAAAUCCUGACCGUAUCUUUGAACAGAGUCAUCACCCUGCCAGCGCUCAACGUUUUGAGGUUGCAGAUCAAUCGAAUCGAAACCUUCCCACCGCCAAACCUGCUCAAGAUGCCCAGGUUGACAGAAAUCGUGUUGUUCAGAAACGGUCUCUCAAACUUGGAGCUUUCCCACUGGGAUAAACUGAAAAUAAUCUAUUUCAGCCAAAAUCCUCUCGACUGUAGUUGGCUGAAGAAGAACGGGGGAAAACUUGAGUCGAAGUUGGAAUACUAUGAAAGCAUCGUGAGGGCGGCGUGUUACCAACCCAUUUUUAUGCGGUUCGCUUUGAAGCCCAUCCAAUAA